CGCUGCGGGGCUGCUCAGAGCGUGCGGUGGCUCCGCAGAGGCCACCUCUCCCCUGCCACCCCUCCGCCAUGGGGACGGAGUCCCGCCGGACAGGGCUGCUCCUGGCUGCGCUCUCCCUGCUCGCUUCCCACGGAGGAGGAGCAGCUUUCCUGAUCACCACGCCGUACUCGCUGUGUGUGUGCCCCGAGGGCCAGAACGUGACCCUGAGCUGCCGGGUCAGCGGCGCCCUGGCCGAGCGGCACGACCUGCUCUACAAGACCUGGUACUUCAGCAGCACGGGGGACCAGAGCUGCUCCGACAAGCGCCACAUCCGCAAUGUCACCGACAAGGAGCUGCACCACGACCUUGGCAGGAGCCACUUGGCGCCCGCCAACGUCUCCCAAAAUCCCUCCCCGGGGAGGCAGAGCGGCCACCACGGUGUGGAGUUUGUCCUUGACCACCACGGCGCCUUCCACAUCGUGGUGAUGAACGUGACGCUGCAGGACAGCGGGAAUUACUGCUGCUACGCCGUGGAGGUCAGGAGGGAAGGGCAUGGCAAGCCCCACACCGUGCAGGUGGCUCACGGCUUCGUGGAGCUGCAGAUCCAGAGAGGCAAAGGAGGCCUUCAAAACUGCACAUUCCACACUGCCACCGGCAAAGACAUCACGGCCGCCGCGCUGGCCACGGGCGCCUGCAUCGUGGGCAUCCUCUGCCUGCCCCUCAUCCUGCUCCUCAUCUACAAGCAGAGACAAGCUGCCAGCAGCAGACGUGCCCAUGAGCUUGUCAGGAUGGAUAGCAGCGCCCAGGGCAUUGAGAACCCCGUGUUCGAGGCGGGGCCGGCGGGCAGUGCGGAGCCCCGGCCCCGGCCCCAGCUGCGCUACGUGGCCAGCAGGCUGCCCUCCGAGUCCGGCCGGCAUCUGCUCUCGGAGCCCAGCACCCCCCUGUCCCCCCCCGGGCCCGGGGACUGCUUCUUCCCCACCCUGGAUCCCGUUCCUGACUCACCAAAUUCCUUGAAAGCCUGAGCACCCCAGAGGAAACCACAUCCUGCAGAGCACGCCAUGCUCACCAAGACAACAGCCCCAGGAGUUUGGCAGGGCCAGGGGCAGCAGUGCCUUAAGAAAUGAAGCUGUGAGCAGGAUCCCUGCCCUUGCCUCCCAUCCUGCCGCUGCCCUGGGACUGGAAGUGAACCUCUCUUGCUCGGAUUUCAAUUUUUAACCACCUGUUUCCAUGGAGAAGUGCGUGGCUCUGUACUGCUCACAUUUUACAGACUAGCUGGAAAUUGAGGAUGUGGGGAUGGAAGGAUGUCCUGCACCUGCAGGCUUCCCUGAGGAUUAACUUAUUGCCAGGCUCUCAGCUCUGCAACAUCAACACGUUUCUGGAUCCUUGACUGAACAUCCUCUCUGGGAGUGGAUGUUAAAAUACUUUAUUCAGCAUGGAACAAAACAUGAUCACCAGCCAACCUUGUACUACCUUUUUCUUUGCAAAACAGGAAGGGGAGAGGCUCCCUGCUGCCACCAGAGCCCUCUUUCCUUACCAGCCUUUUGAAAUGGCCAUGGACUUGUGAUGUUGCUGCCUUUCAGCAGAACACAUGUUGGGAGGAGCCUUACUUCUGCUGCAGUUUUAUCCUUGGCUUAGGAUCAGGGCAAUUUAUCUUUCUGUUUGUUUCAUUAUCAGUGCUGAUUAAAAGGAAAAAAAGGAA